AUGCAAAACGCGAAAGACAAGAGGAUAGAGCAGAUCAAUGAUUUUGUGGCGAGACUUACGAGUGCACUUCUGCCUGGAGCGUUUUUGGUGGAAUUUUUCUCGUGGAUGAGAUACUUCCCUUCUUGGAUGGCCAAGUGGAAACGCGAUGCGGAAGACUCGUUCAGGAAUGAUUCAGCGAUGUUUGAGGGAUUGAUGGACGGGGUUCAGAAACGACUCGCUAGAGGAGAAGAACCGACCAGCGUCAUGGGUAAGAUCUCGAGAGACUCUUCCCGGUACGAUCUCUCGCUUCGGGAGAACGCUUGGCUGGCUGCUGGGAUGUAUUCCGCGGGUGCAGAGACCACAGCAGGAGUCAUGACUUGGUGGACGCUCGCCAUGCUUCUCUACCCCGACGUUCAAGCUCGUGCGCAAGCAGAACUUGACAGUGUCGUUGGUAGGGAACGCGUACCUACCUUUAAGGAUUAUGACAAUCUGCCAUAUCUGAGAGCUAUGGUCAAGGAGGCUCUUCGUUGGCAUACCGUCGAUCCGCUCGGUAUGCCGCACAGGGCGGCAAAGGAAGAUUGGUACGAGGGAUACUACAUCCCCGCUGGGUCAUUGAUCAUUGCGAAUGUCUGGUUGUUGAAUCAAGAUAUAAACACCUGGGGUGAGGAUGCCUUGGAAUUCAGGCCUGAAAGGUAUCUACGAAACGACACGAAGACAGACAAGGGCCUCAGUGGAAGCGGAAGGGAGGAGAGUGAUUUCACGUAUGGAUUUGGGAGAAGAGUUUGUGUAGGUCGACAUGUUGCGAAUGUGAGUCGCGUUAGAUUCUCGUCUGGCAUGUGA